AUGAGUCUUCUGGGUGACAUUGUAGAGCAUGAUGCGGUUCCUGAUGCACCAAAUUCGCCAGAUCCACCAUGCAAUGUGAACGGGUUUCCGGAGCUGUACAGGCCAACAAAGAUCUCGUCUUGGAAACAGAGGCUGCGUGAGAAGGGCGCCCAAGCAAGGGCGAAAGAGAAGAAAGAUAAUGGUGUUUCAUGUUCGAAAGAACCCCCCAGUGGCUCCCGCCAAAGAUCGGAAGCGUUGUCGAUCCAUAAUGAAAAUCUUCAGGUCCUUCAGAAUAUGUCGAAGGAGGAAAUUCUGCGAGAAAGACAGGAACUUUUGGAGUCUUUUGACCCGAAACUUUUGCAAAAACUUAUAAAAAAUAUCAACAAGAAAAGUAAAGGUGACAAUGCUCCUUUGUUUGCCGAUAUAGAUGGUGCACCAGGUACCUGGAUAGGUGGGACGGAUUCUGUCAAUGACCUGUUGCCUUUGGAUGAUGAUCAGGUUGAUCAGGCACUUGGUAUCAGCACAAAUAAGAAGCCUACAGUGGAGGAUUUUCUCCAAGAGAAGGAGGCAAGUUCUGAAAACGCGUCUAUCGAGCGGCUCGAUGAAGACGAUGUUGCACCGCUGGACUUCCAAAUGGCUCAAUCCAUAGACCAUAUGUCAAAUGAGGAACUUCUCAACGAUGUGCAUUUCAUUAAACAUGAAAAUAGUCAAGAAAUUGAGCUUGAAUUUCAAAAGUUGGAUCUAAAUGAUCCAGAUUUCAACGAGAAAGUUCAUCAAAAAUUUUUCCCUGAUCUUCCGAAGGAUAUUGAAAAGUUGAAAUGGAUGGAACCGCUAGAUGAUUCUGACAAGCCACAGGUAAUCAAUGACGUUUCACAAUGUAGAUUUGAUUUUAAGGGAAAUUUAGUACCACCAACAAGAGAAAUUCAUUCAACAACACACUCAGCCUUACACCAUCAUUCAGACGAUGCUAAUCUUGCCGGUUACACGAUGCCGGAGCUGCAGCGACUUUCAAGAUCAAGUUUUUCUGCGCAAAGAUCGAUCGCGAUACAAACAUUGGGUAGAAUACUUUACAAGUUGGGAAAGCAAUCUUACUACCAGCUCGUCCCUGAGGUGGAUUUAGAGACUUACCAGCGUGACGGAGGUUCAAAAGAAGUCAUAAAUAAAAUCUACUCGAUGUUUUGGGAUCUUUGUAAAGUCUGUAGAAUAUCAGAAUGCUUAAAUGAUGCAGCGGAUGAAAAAAAGACAAAACACAUAUCAGUAAGGAAUUACGCCGUUGAUGCGCUCUGGUUGUGGAAAAGCGGCGGUGGUGAUUUCAGAGAUAAGUAA